AUGGAAGCGCUUCGAAAGAAAAUGCCAAGCAAGCGUGCGCUUACGUCCACAAUCAAUCAAAUUGUCCAGCAGAAAGCUGUGGCUGUUCUGUAUACGCCCACGGAGGUAGAGCGUAUCAAGCAGAUGACUGAUAUGAUUGCGCAGGCUACAAACGAGUUUGAGCCAGACGAGGACUGGAACAGCAUUUUACGCGUCGUUGAUGCGCUUAGCAAUGUGAGCAACCGCGCCGUACUGAAAGAGUCAAUCCGAUACUUAAGAUUGCGGCUGGGAGAUCCUUCAUCCCGCGUGGUGAUCUUGGCCUUAACGCUCACUGAGUCAAUUGUUAAAAAUUGCGGAGAUCUCGUACACCAGGAAAUUGCCACGGAGCAAUUUAUGAGCGAGAUGGAGGAGCUUCACCGGACACAUUCGAACAAGCGUGGUCGACAAAGCAUGGAAAUUGCUUCUCGCGUGCUGGACAUGGUGCAGGCGUGGGGUGAAGCUUUCUUACCAUUCCGGCACGAUUUCCCGCUCUUUGUAGACACAUACCAUAACAUGCGUAAAAAAGGAAUCAAGUUUCCGGAUCAGUACGACGAGUCAAAAGUACCGGUGCUCACUCCAUCCCUUGAGGGGACUCAAAGUCAAGUGGCUGGUAGUCAGAUAUCGUCGCUGAAUUAUUCCCGUGGCUCGAGCAGGAUCGGCACGUCGUCUUACUCUCAUUCUAGUAGUGGACUUGGCGGACUCUCGACUCCUGAGCUGUAUCGUGUUGCAACAAAUGUUUUGGAAAUGUUUGACGACAUGCUGUUUGAAGCGCAAAAGGAUUCAUCUUCAAUCACUAACCACGGGGUGAUGGCGGAAUUAGCUGUGGAAGUGAGAGAGAUCGUGCAUCGACUCAAAGGCGCAAUUACAAUCGCUGUUGCUGAGGAGGAUACGCAUCUUGCACAGUAUUUGUCUAUCAACGACGACCUACAUGCUGCGCUUGAAAAAUAUGAUGCACUGCUAAAAGAAAAUCAGGAGUCUGAAGAGGUGCAGGUUGUGGAGACGAAAAAGAUUCGUGAUACUGACACUGAUUUGAUCGAUCCUUUUGGACUGAAAGACGACGUGUAUCUAAAUGACAAUACCGACAACCAGAAGGCUAUUGAAGAUGACCCAUUUGCUGAUUUUGUGCAUGCUCGUUCCGGAUCUAAAAAAGCAACAACUGCCAUUUCACCAGACAAAGCAAAGUCUGAAAGAAAGGAUGAGGAGGAUUUGCUGGCGUUUUUUGUUCAGCAAAGGUCAACCAAGGUUUCUAAAAGCUGCAGCAACCAAGAUGCCGAGAAGGCGAAGCUUAGUGUCACAUCUUCGAAUGACUUGAUUAACUUGUGGGACGACGUCCCUCCAACAACUUUAGUGUCUGCUCCAAUCGACUCAUCAUCAAAGCCUGAUGUUUGGUUCGGGGAUGACUUUUUUGGCAAUUCUAUACAGCAGUCGAUGCAAUUGCCUACUACCCAACGAGAGUCGUCUGCCCAAGGCCAGUGGUGUGGCAACAACCAUUCUUCGGCAUUAUCCGUUGCAACGGGACCGCUAAAUACAGCUAAAAGCGCUUCUGGAUCAACAAUCGGUGACCCAUCCCACAAUCUCUUGACUAAGACAUCUCUGUCGACACCAGCAGAAAAUCCUUUCGACAAUAUCCCAUAUACCUCUUCAGCACAGCUGACACACACGAGAGGGAAUACAUCUUGCAAUCCUUUUGACAUUUAG